AUAUAGUGUUGGGCAUUGGGUAGUAAUUUUCAUAUAUAAAGUAGUGGUGGUUAUACAUAGUUAUUAGUUAUUGAGAAGUAGUAGUAGUAGUGUAUGUAGUGGGGGUGUGAUAUAAUUAUAUAUAUAUAAGUGAAAAUUAAUUAAGAAAUUAAGGAGAAAGAAAGGAAAAUCAGUGAUAUGGUGGUUAAUAUUAUGGAGAAGAAGAAGAAAAUAAGAGAUUUGGGUCAUCUGUAUGUGACGAUAUUCCUCUACUUCUUUGCAAAUAUGGCUAUGGUUACAGCCAUUACAGAUGUCACCAUGUCAGCCGUUUGCCCUGGUCAAGAUGAGUGUUCUUUUGCUAUUUACCUUACUGCCAUUCAACAAGCGAUGAUAGGGGUGGGAAUGAUGGUGAUGACACCUUUGAUAGGGAACUUGUCAGACAAGUAUGGCAGAAAAUCUCUACUCACACUUCCAUUGACGCUCAACAUUAUUCCACUUGUGAUUUUGGCGUAUAGCCGAUCCACUUAUUUCUUUUAUGCAUACUAUGCGAUCAGAACUCUAACUGCCAUGGUUUGUGAUGGCAGCACAGUGUGUUUGGCUCUUGCAUAUGUGGCAGAUAAUGUUUCGGAGGAAAGAAGAACGACAGCAUUUGGAAUUCUAUCUGGUGUGACUUCAGCUACUUAUGUUUGUGGAACAUUAGCAGCUCGUUUUCUCUCCACUUCUUUAACUUUUCAGGUAGCUGCAGCAGCAUCUAUGUUUGCAACAAUAUACAUGAGAAUUUUCCUCAAGGAAAGUUUGCCUAAUGAGGAAGGUUUGUUGCAGCCUAUUUUAAAAGAUCAACAUGAUACCGAAAAGAAUAUUAAAUCAUCGAUAAGAACUCGGGUUUUUAAGAACCUUCCAAGUAUUGAAGAUCUAUUGUGCUUGCUAAGGAAUAGUAAGACAUUUUCCCAAGCAGUAAUCGUUUUCUUCUUCCUUAGUCUUGCUGAUGGUGGAAUUCUAUCUUCAAUAUUGUAUUUCUUAAAGGCUCGUUUUCAGUACAGCACAAAUCAGUAUGCUGAUAUAAUCCUAUUAAAUGGGGUUGCAGGAGCCAUUUCUCAGCUACUUUUUAUGCCCAUGAUUACACCAAUUAUUGGAGAGGAAAAGUUGCUUUCUAUAGGACUCUUAAUGGGGUGUAUAAAUACAAUUAUUUACAGCUUAGCAUGGUCAGCAUGGGUCCCUUAUGUCAUCUCAGUGUUAUCAGUUUUUUCUGUUGUUGCAAACCCAACAGUACGCAGCAUUGCAUCCAAACAAGUUGGCCCUGGAGAACAGGGAAAGGCUCAAGGAUGCAUUUCAGGGAUAAGCUCUUUUGCCAAUAUCAUUUCUCCAUUGAUUUUUAGUCCUUUGACAGCUUUAUUCUUAUCCGAAAGAGCACCAUUUCAUUUCCCUGGUUUCAGCAUUAUGUGCAUUGGCCUUAGCUUGAUGAUUGCCUUCAUUCAAAGUACUAUGAUCAAACCUGUUCCUCAAAUAUCAAAUCAGAUAAUAGUGGCAUAGAAGAUUAGUAAUUAGAUCAUGGAUUCUUUGUUGGUCAUAAUUCUCUGGCUAAUGAAAUUGAUUAAGAAGAAGAAAGUGUUGGCCACUUCAAUGACCUCCAACUGCAUUAUAUAUAUUAUUUAUGUAUACACAUGUUUUGAACAAUGUUAGAGCAAUGGCAUUUAAGUCUGGAGAUAUAAAUGUAUAUAUUCUAUCACUAGUUAGUGACUAGACAUUGCUCUGUAAUAUGUUCUUCGUAUUAAUACACAAUAUUGAUUUCAAAA